GAGCGGCUCGCGGCGCCCGCGGCGCGACUCUGCGCCACUUGGACCAACUCGGACCAGACAGGACCAGACCGACAAGUGUUUGGCGCGGUACAGAACGCGCGAGGAUGUGCUCCGCGAGUUUCGAUUGAUCGCCAAUUCUUUCUGAAGACUCAUCUUUGGGAGGCACGAUGAAGUACAUCCUAGUGACCGGCGGCGUGAUCAGCGGUAUCGGGAAGGGAGUGAUCGCCAGCUCUUUUGGAACUAUACUCAAACACUGUGGCAUCCAUGUGACAUCUAUCAAGAUAGAUCCUUACAUUAAUAUAGAUGCCGGGACAUUUUCACCGUACGAGCACGGUGAAGUAUACGUUUUGGAUGACGGUGGCGAAGUAGAUCUCGAUCUUGGUAAUUAUGAGAGGUUGCUGGACGUUACUUUGCAUAAGGACAACAAUAUUACUACUGGAAAAAUAUAUCAACACGUAAUCAGCAAGGAAAGACGAGGGGACUAUCUGGGAAAAACUGUUCAAGUUGUACCACAUGUCACCGACGCGAUUCAAGAAUGGGUUGCCAGAGUGGCUAGCGAAUCGGUGACGCAAGAUGGAAAUGAACCGGAGGUUUGUAUUAUUGAACUUGGGGGAACGAUCGGAGACAUCGAAGGAAUGCCCUUUGUGGAAGCAUUUAGACAAUUUCAAUUCAGAGUGAAACGAGAGAACUUUUGUUGCGCUCAUGUAUCGCUCAUACCUCAGCCACGUUCAACCGGAGAACCCAAAACAAAACCUACGCAAUCGAGCGUUAGGGAAUUGAGAGGAUUGGGCUUGUCACCGGAUCUCAUUGUCUGCAGAUCCGAGAAACCUAUCGGCAAUACGAUUAAAGAAAAGAUUUCAAAUUUUUGCCAUGUCGCUCCCGAUCAGGUGAUCACUAUUCACGAUCUAUCCUCGAUUUACCGAGUGCCUUUAUUGAUGGAGAGUCAAGGUAUCAUAGAAUUCUUGAUUGAUAGAUUGCAAUUGAAUAUUCCUACGCCUCGGCCGCGUAAUUUUAUGCGGAAAUGGCGUGAUCUAGCAGAACAAAUUGACCACCUCAGGAAGGAUGUAAAUAUAGCUCUAGUAGGAAAGUAUACUAAACUCGAGGAUUCGUAUGCCUCGGUAACUAAAGCGCUCCAACACGCCUCGAUACAAGUUGGUUUUAAAUUAAACGUUAUGUAUAUAGAAGCAAUCAAUUUAGAGCCCUCAACGAAAUCGAAAGACCCUGUAGUUUAUCACGAAGCUUGGCAGAAACUUUGUAGGAGCGAUGGAGUAAUAGUCCCGGGUGGCUUUGGAUCAAGAGGAAUGGAGGGUAAAAUUGAAGCCUGCAAGUGGUGCCGAAUGAAUGACAAGCCAUUUCUAGGGAUAUGUUUGGGUCUACAGGCAGCCGUUAUUGAAUUCGCUCGUAACGUUUUACAGUUGGAAAACGUAAAUUCCACAGAAGUUGAUUCCGACGUGGAGAAUCCUCUCGUUAUCGAUAUGCCAGAACACAAUCACGGUCAGAUGGGAGGUACUAUGAGGUUGGGUAAAAGAUACACUCGCUUUACGGAAGGGGCUUCGAUCAUAAAACAAUUAUAUGGCAACAAAGUCGGUAUAGAGGAAAGACACAGACACCGUUACGAAGUCAAUCCAAAAUACGUUCCCGACUUAGAAGCAGCCGGUUUGAAAUUUGUUGGGCAUGAUGACGAAAAGGUUCGAAUGGAAAUUAUAGAAUUAGAAGGUCACAGCUACUAUGUAGCAACGCAGUAUCAUCCGGAAUAUUUGUCACGUCCACUGAAACCUUCUCCUCCAUUUUUGGGUUUGAUUUUGGCGAGUGUGGGGAAGCUAAGGUCCUUUUUGGCACGAGGUUGUAAACUUUCCCCACGACAAAUGAGUGACAAUGAGUCUGAUGAUGAAUAUCUGGUCGAAUCGAUGACAAAGUUACAAGUUACAAGUGGAGACAGCAGAAGCAGUAGUGCCUCUAUAUCUAAUGGCUGCGUUGAAUAGUCUCCUUUCCAUGCAGAAUAGGAAAAUAUUGCAGAGCAUAAUGCGUAGCAGUAAGUAAUCUGACUGAAGAAAUAAUAGUUAUAAUUUUCAAUUGAAUUCUUCGGUGGCCUUAAGAUAUCCAGUUUGAACAGUUUAUUAAAGUUGUAUCUGUCUGACAAUUAAUCAAGCACCCACAGGUACGUCCAUAUAAUAUAUCGGCAAUUAGUUUAUAUCCGAGAUGCAGAGUACAGAAAUGAUUAAUAACGUUUCCCGUAUCUUCAACAGUGCAAAUAAAGAAGUGGGCAUCUUUCAUACAAGUUAAAACUUUUUUAAAUAUAUUAUCAGAACAUGUCAGGCCACUAUUAAUUUUAAACCAAAAUUUUCCGAAUGUGUAACGAUUACAGCUCCUUUCUGUAAUUCAGAGUUUGAAUUUGGGCACAAACGUGCUUUAGUCAAUUCCACAUUACUAACUAAUCAAUGCUGUAUUUUCAUUUUUUUUUCAUAUUAAUUUUAUUAUCAAAUGAAUAGUAUAGUACAUUGUAAAUCUUAUUUAUGAACUUUUUUUAGGGAGCUCUUAAUUCGUAAAAAAAGAAUGUAUUUUUCGUGAACCUUAAAAAGCGCAAUGUUACCGUGUCUCGGUAUGUAUAUUAUAAUGGAUUAACCAUAAGCUUAAAGAUUUGUACUUUUAAGUCCUCCGUACAGUUUUGUGCAUAAUUUGGCCAUGAAUAUGAAUCUAUCUUUAUAGGGAAACAAGAAGUUUAAUUACCGAGAGCAAUAUUGGUUUCUCGAUUCUUUGCUAUCAUCUAUAUGAAUCCUGUACUGGUUUCAGGAAUGUAUAGCUAGUAGAUACGAUGUUGUAUUGUAAAAGAAUCUGAUAAGGAUCGCAAAAUAAAUACUUCGCUUUUAGCGUAGCAAUCUCAUUUA